AUGACAACAGUGAAAAAAGCUCUGGCGAUGCGCCAGCUGGACUCCAUGUUUGGGACACUUACUCUGGAGGGGGAAGGGCGACACUCCCCAUUAGUUAGCUCCACUAUAGAGCACGACCCCCAUUGCGACGUUCAUGGCCGCUGCAGUACUCCGUACCGGUCAUCUUUGUACCUUCACAGUCGGGAAUCGACACCUGGUUUUAGAGAAAGUAUAUCACCCACUAACGGACUGAUUAUAAGGCGUAGGGGUUCCAUCGGUCUCACACCGUCCCCAGUACGGGACCUGGAGCAUCCCUCGACAUUUCCGAGCAUCCUUCGCCGAGAUCGGUACAGCCCCUCGCAAACGCCACCCAGACGGGACACACCGAGUCCCACCCAAAGGAAUAGCAAAAGAUAUUCGAUGGGUUCCUACCCCAAUCUGUCACGUUGCAACGUGGUUAACUAUAACCGCCGGGACUCGAUCAAUAACAUAAGAGAUAUGAAGCGAGAUUACGUGGGAUCCACCAGUUCUCUGUCAAGAAAGAGCUCUAUCGAUACUAAGAAAUCUUCGUUAGAUUCACUGGAUACUUGGCAUAUAGGAUGGGAGUCAGAUAGACACCGCACCGAGUCGCCCCUGCCGCAGGACGAAAGAAUAUAUGGAUAUAAGGUACUACACUCGACUUCACGUAACCCAUACAGUAUGUGCUAA